GGUCUCCACAGCAGCCCUCUCCAUAACCAUGAGCUUGUUGAGGAUUAUAUCUUUGCUUGUAUUCAGCAUAUGUGCAUUUGCACAAGAUGGGCAGGAGCUCAUAUCAUGCCUUGAACAAGAAGGCAUCACAAACUUGACGACUUCUACUUCUUCCCCUGAUUUCGAUUCCCUGUUGCGAUUCUCCUUGCAGAACCUGAGGUAUACAGAACCAGGCGUGCGCAAGCCAUACAUGUUGAUUAUGCCACAGGAAAGAGAGCAAGUGGUGGAUUCUGUACGAUGCUGCAUCAAAAACAGCUGGCAGAUUGUUGUGCGCAGUGGAGGGCAUAGCUACGAAGGGCUCUCCUCUACUUCUGAUGCCUCCAAUUUCGCUAUCAUUGAUCUCAUCAAUUUCGACCAUGUUACAGUCGACAUGAAGUCCAAAACAGCGUGGGUAGAGGCAGGCGCAACGGUGGGACAGUUAUACUCAGCCAUUGCAAGCACUACUGCAGACUACGGCUUCCCUGCGGGAGUGUGCCCCACAAUGGGCACGGGCGGCCAUUUAAGUGGAGGAGGAAUGAGUUUUCUCUCCAGGAAAUACGGCCUCGCCGCCGACAACAUCAUUGAUGCGCUGCUCGUGGACGCCAAUGGAAACUUGGUGGACAGAAAUAGCAUGGGAGAAGAUCUGUUUUGGGCACUCCGAGGUGGCGGCGGAGGCAGCUGGGGUGUCGUAGUUGCAUGGAAAGUUGGCCUGGUGAGAGUGCCAAGCAAAGUGACGGUGUUCAGGGUUUACAGAGCUGGGCGAAAUCAGGUGACCGACCUCGUCUAUCGGUGGCAAUCCAUUGCACCUCUGUUAGAACAGGAUCUCUUUAUUCGCGCUGUAAUAGAUGGCACCGAAUCGCAAGGUGGCCAGAAGGACGUCAAGAUCACCUUCAAUGGAAUGUAUCUCGGCCCCCUCGAUCAAUUGCUCAAAGUGGCUAGCAAAAGUUUUCCCGAAAUGGGUAUGGUUGCUGGGGAUUGCAUGGAGACGAGCUGGAUUGACUCAAUUUCUUACGCCGCCUAUACCACUACGAGCCAGCUGGUUAGUCGGACCAAUUCCGACAAAAACUACUUCAAAGCAAAAUCUGAUUUUGUGACAAAACCUAUACCGCCAUCGGGGUUGGAGGGCGCAUGGGAGUUCUUGGGAGAGGAGCUUAACGGUUAUAUUCUUUUGACUCCGCUGGGAGGAAGAAUGUAUGAAAUACCGUCGUCGGAGAUUCCGUUUCCCUACAGAGCAGGGUACUUGUACAGCAUACAAUAUCAAGUUACGUGGAAAGACGGCAGCAAGGAUUCGGCCUACAUCGAUUGGAUGCGAAGAUUUUACGAUUACAUGACUCCUUAUGUAUCUGAAUCGCCCAGAGGUUCCUAUGUCAACAAUGUGGAUCUUGACUUGGGAACAGCCGUUAAUGGAACAGCCAGCGUUGCAGAAGCAAGAACCUGGGGUCACAAGUAUUUCGGAGGCAAUUUUGACAGACUGGUGAAGGUAAAGACCCAAUUUGAUCCUAUCAAUGUUUUCAGGAAUUCCCAGGGUAUUCCUGUGAACAAGUGACAUUUCCUUCGUGAUUUCUAAGUACUUAUGUGUCCUUUGAUCACAUAU